GUUUCCUCCGACUCGGCAUUUAAAUUGAGCUGCAGGACAUCAGCUGCUGCUACAUUCAGCGCUGUGCUGUGACAGACAGUAACCCGUAGCACGAGCAACACAGGCUACUUGUAAUUUUUAACAGGAGAACGACAGAGAUUAUUGCCGGUCCUGAAGAGGUGUGGGUAGCAGAGGGGGAGCAGCUGAACAAAAAGGCUGGUUGCGCUCUGACAGCAGCUCGGCGCAUCAUUUUUGGGAUUUCCUCUGCUAGCUCUUGGACGAAAUUAAAUAUCGGAGCAGAAGUGGCCUGGACUUGGGAGGACCGAUGGACUCGAUGAUGAGCUUUUAAAGGGUCAGGUCUGAAUUUUGAUUAUAGAUACAACAAUUUUGUUUUAGUUGUAGACAUUACCAGAGAAACAAUCUUAGGAUAACCUUCAACUGGGUUCAAGAUUAUCAUCAGUAAUAACAACAGUCACCACCCAGUGACCAUUCCGUGUAGCAGGACGAGGUGUUGUCAUGUGAUGUCUUAGAUUUUCAGGAUACUUUUGCAGAUCUUAUUUUUUCUAAAACAGACUUUUAAGGAGAUUUGAUCUUUUUUGAUAACAUUUUCAGUAAAAUAUAACAGAAAGCAACAAUAUAGAUAAUUUUUACAGUGAAUACGACCCGAACAAAUUUUGUUUAGAUUUAAAGAAAUUUAAUAAGCUCUACACUUGUUAUUAUAUGUGAGGAAAUCUCAGUUUCAGAUUGACUUUAGGACAAGUAUCCAAGGACAUAACCCAUUUGUAAACCUUUCAGGACAGAUAAUCUGUCACUCGACUUCAGAAUAAACAGUAGACACUAGUGUCCAGCUUAUCAACAAACCGUUGCACCUAUUGGAGGCUUUACUAGUCAAACGAUAAGCAAUCAGCAACAAUGUUCAGCUGGCUUGGAACCGACGACAGGAGGAAGAAGGACCCUGAAGUCUUUCAGACUGUCAGUGACGGCCUUAAGAAGCUCUACAAAACCAAACUCCUGCCGCUGGAGGAAAGCUACAAGUUCCAUGAGUUCCACUCUCCGGCUCUGGAGGAUGCAGACUUUGACAACAAGCCCAUGGUCUUACUGGUGGGACAGUACUCCACUGGCAAGACCAGCUUCAUACGCUACCUGUUGGAGCAGGAUUUUCCGGGAAUGCGGAUCGGCCCCGAACCCACCACAGAUUCUUUCAUCGCUGUGAUGCACGGUGACACAGAAGGAGUCGUCCCCGGAAACGCUUUGGUGGUUGACCCCAAAAAGCCCUUCAGAAAGCUGAACGCAUUUGGAAACGCAUUCCUCAACAGGUUUGUGUGUGCCCAGCUGCCUAACCCAGUGCUGGAAAGCAUCAGUGUGAUUGAUACACCAGGGAUUCUGUCAGGAGAGAAACAGAGAAUUAGUCGAGGGUAUGACUUUGCGGCUGUCUUGGAGUGGUUUGCAGAGCGGGUGGACAGGAUCAUAUUACUGUUUGACGCCCACAAACUGGACAUCUCUGAUGAGUUCUCAGAGGUGAUAAAGGCCCUGAAGAACCAUGAGGACAAGAUCAGGGUUGUGCUGAACAAGGCUGACCAGAUAGAGACCCAGCAGUUGAUGAGAGUGUAUGGUGCCCUGAUGUGGUCCCUGGGGAAAAUAGUCAACACACCUGAGGUUAUCCGCGUCUACAUCGGUUCAUUUUGGUCCCACCCGCUGUUGAUUCCAGACAACAGGAAGCUGUUUGAAGCAGAGGAGCAGGACCUAUUUAAGGACAUUCAGUCUUUACCGAGAAAUGCAGCACUGAGAAAACUCAACGAUCUGAUCAAGAGGGCAAGACUAGCCAAGGUCCAUGCCUACAUCAUCAGCUCACUGAAGAAAGAGAUGCCCUCUGUGUUUGGGAAGGAGAACAAGAAGAAAGAACUGAUCAGCAGUCUGGGAGAUAUAUACAAACGCAUAGAAAGAGAGCAUCAGAUAUCACCUGGAGAUUUUCCUAAUCUGAAGAAGAUGCAGGACCAACUCCAAGAUCAGGAUCUCAACAAAUUCCAGCCUCUGAAACCCAAACUCCUGGAGGCAGUGGAUGACAUGCUGGCCAGUGACAUCGCUGGCUUAAUGGUGCUGGUCCGCCAAGAGGAAACCCAGCGUCCCAACGCAGUUGUGAAGGGUGGUGCGUUCGAUGGCACUUUGCACGGCCCGUUCGGCCAUGGGUACGGCGAAGGGGCUGGCGAAGGCAUUGACGAAGCAGAGUGGGUCGUUGCACGUGACAAACCUGCUUAUGAUGAGAUUUUCUACACAUUAUCUCCUGUCAGCGGAAAGGUGACAGGAGCCAACGCCAAGAAGGAGAUGGUGAAGUCAAAACUGCCCAAUACAGUGCUGGGAAAAAUCUGGAAGCUGGCAGAUAUCGAUAAGGAUGGGAUGCUCGAUGAUGAGGAGUUUGCGUUGGCUAAUCACCUGAUAAAAGUGAAACUGGAGGGACAUGAACUGCCGUCAGACCUGCCUGCACACCUGGUGCCUCCUUCCAAGAGGAAACUACCUGAGUAAAUGUAAGAUUACACCCCCCCAGUCCCCAAAACCUGUAAGUAACCCCGCCUCCUCCAAGCAAAGAAAAAUAACCCAAUUGAAAUAGGAAUAUUCCUGUAGCAUUAGAGAAAAAAAAAACUAAAAAUGAAAAUAUUGGAGCAAACUUAGGCUCAAUUUCCAACUCUGAAUCCCAUUGUGUUGCUGUCCUCCAUACAUCUGCAUCCUUUCCUUACCACUAAGAGGCAAACAUUAGAGCAAAAUAUUCAGUUACAUACAUUAAGACAAGAAUCAAUUUAAUUACAUUGCUGCCGUGCUGAAAUGGCUUUUAAAAAGGUAGAGUUCUCCGAUUAAAGUCAAGUCUUUAGCCCAGUGUCCUCUUUUUUUUAUUUACGAUAUUGGGAGUUGUUAGGUGAGACAGGUGUUGCAUAACAGUUUACCCUCAAUUAAAACUUGAUCUAUAAUAGGAACUUUAAUUGUAUUAUUAUGUGUAAUCGAUACAGUAAUCUCAUGCUUGACUGCAGUAUUCACCUCGACACUAAAGGCAUUUCACAGUUCAUUUACCGUAGCACCUGGACUGACCUGCAGUGAAGGAGGGAAAUGCUUCUCUGAUGGGAAACAAGCAGGGGAGAAACUAAGGAUGAAUAUUUUGACAUAGUUCAAAAUACCAUUAACAUGUUUGGAAAUACUGUGACUAUAAUAUAAAAAAGAUAUACAUAUAAUGGGUAUUGUUUGGACACGAGUGUGCUGACAUGAUCAGUAUAAUUGUAUUGUAAAGCCUUUGAAUGUUGAAUGUGCAGACGUUCACAGCUCAGUGUGGGCACAUCCUGACUAUUGUAUGUAUGCGUACGAACACAUGUAUCAGUGUUAUUAUUUGUAACAUAUAUGUAUCAAGUCUUAAGUAUUUCACAGGCUACUGAGUCGGGAGUAUUUCAGUGAAUUGAAAUGUGAUUAAUCAGUUAUGGCUAAGCUAACUUAACCUAACAGUCCAGAGAGUUAGCUGUUAGCUUAUUUUGUGAACAACAAAAACACUAAUCGACACAUUUUUACAAAUGUUUGUUUUUGAAUGGAAGUUCAUGUGUUUAAACUGUAUACGUGUAAUAAAUGUAAUCCCUCAUUACAAUCACUUACUGUAGCGAUAUGCCAGUAUGUAUGUAUGUGUAUAUAUACUUAACGUUAGGACCACGUUUGUGGUUUGUUACCAGUAAGAGUCACUGAUCAUCAUAUAAAACAUGAAACUAACAGAAUUUGGGUUCCCUUAUGAUAAGAAAUGUUCACUGUGUGUUUUAUGAGUGAAACAGUAUCCCUCCAGUUUUGAGCUACAGAAUUGACUUAACUGAAAUAUUUCCAGUUUAUGGCCCUUUUGUGCCCCUCCCCAUACGUCUCUGUGCUGUUACUGUGAAUCUGCUGUACAUAAUAAGACUGUUUGCAUUCCUUUAACACAGAUUGGGAAAUCAUCCGCAUCAUUUCGGGUGCUUUACGCAUCACUAGCUCAUAUUUCAUAAGCGAGCCAGAUCAACAGAAGAAACGAAUGUGGAUUCUGUGCAAAACAAACUUUUGUUUUUUUUCAGCUUGUUUUCAAGGUGUUUUUCACACGCUGACAGAUUGCAACUUGGAGUCCUGUGUACUUGUACAUUAGAUGGAAACACUGGUGUCAUGGUAGUUUUUCUGGUUUAAGAUUUUUAUGCAUUGCAAAAUCUGUACUUUAUCUGCUUUUCUCUCAACAAAAACAACAGUCCUAAUGUGUAAUAAAGUCAUUUACUCAA